AUGUCGCUGACGGCGGCAAAGGGAGGCCAGCAUGCUUCACUGGCCAGGAGGACGUCGGCCAGACUGGCUCUCCGCGGCCAGGCCGAGCAGUUUCAAACCGUUGACAGCUCUGAUGAUGAGAUGCUCAGGCCUAUGAAGCUGAGCGCUAUCACCAAAGCUAUUUUAGGGGGCAGUCACGCCUCCGACGCCUCGUCUGCCGAUGCGCCAGCAUCCUCCGGUCCACACCGGUCAUCACAUCCUCUCAGAAGCUCCAUCGCGGCACCCCUCCGGACAACCAGCGGAGACCAUGAGUCCUCAUGGAAGCGGACUCGAGAGUCUGACCGGGCACCUGCCUCACGACCACCCUCACCACCCAGUCGACCCCAUUCGCGAACUGGUUCGAGAAGGAGCUCCAUACCUGCCCCAUUGCCGCUAGCAUCCACGGAUCAGGAUUCACUCGUUCCAAGUACUCGCCGCACCCGUACGGCGCGAAGCGGGAGUAACCCCCCGUCGAGGAAUCCUUCGCCUGUUGGGAGCCGCGAGAACAGUCCCGCGCCCAGGAAACGUGUAGUCCGCCUCCACGCGCCGAAUUCAGCAAACGGGCCACAUAACUCAAGUUUCAAUGGCAGUCGUCGGAACAGCCUUCGGAAUUCACUUUCAUCGUCCACUCGGGGAAAGAGGCCUGAAACGUCGGAUGGUUCCAAGGUCCAGGACAUCCAGUCUCCAGUUGCGGCGCUUCAAGAACAGCCGGAAAGAACCCCUGUGAUUCCCGUGAGGACCGUCAGGAUUGCGGUCGAGUCGUCGGGACAGAAGCCGACAUCAGGGGGCUCGUCCGAGGCACGGUCUAGACACGGUGCGCACUCAAUUGAUCGCGAGCUUCGACAUGCUCCGGCCGUCGUUCCCGCGCCGGCGGCAGUAGCGCCGCAAAGUUCAUUGAGACUCAAGAGAGUUGGAAAGACCCCAGGAAGUUUCCUUUCCGGCCCCGCUCGUCGUGGGCGUCGAAGACAGAGCGAGGAAGAGGCUGAUGGUCAACAAGAGGGGGAUGUGUACGGCUCGGGUCAGGACCCCGGCAGCCAGCAGCCUCUGUCUGGGCCGGAGCAAGAUGCUCCCUCACCGGGCGCCUCCGAAUACCCUGAUUUUGCCGCGUCCGGCAGCCCGGUUAGCAAGGACUCCGCCAGGGCCGCUCUCCGGAGACACAAGGCCACUUUCAUCACCCCAGUCAGUGAGCGAAAGCAGGAGCAGAGCUACCGGCCCUUGGCUUACCGAAUGCCAACUCCGCCUGGCCUCAAAUCCAACGAGGACAAAGAGAACGACGCGCCGUUCGAACUCGCACCUUCCAUUCCCCCCAUGAUGCGGCCGAGCAACCCUCCUCCGUCCGUCCCAAAUGCAAAGGCCCCUUCUCAAGCCGUGGCCGCCACGAACGCCGAUGUCCCUGAACCAGUCCACCGCGGUCAUGCCGCUCCCAAUCACCAAAUCCUGACCUCAAGAUCCCACAACGCUGCUCAAAGGCCAGCGCCACCUCCGCCGCCGAGGAUGUCAGUGGUCGAGACAGCCACUGCCGCGGCAGGGGCCUCCGCUGCCACGCAAGCCAGCAAGAAGAGGCAAUUUUUGCUUCGCGUCAACGGCAAGACAUAUACCAGACUCGAUUCGCUUGGUCGCGGCGGGUCCGGUAAGGUGUACCGUGUCUCGGCGGAAAACGGGAAGCUACUUGCCCUCAAACGCGUGUCCCUCGAAAAUUUGGACGAGAGAGUCAUCAAGGGAUACCAAGGUGAAAUUGACCUGUUACAGCGAUUGGCUGGAGUUGGUCGGGUUAUUCAACUUAUCGACCACGAGUUCAACGCCGAAAAAAAGAUGCUCAGCCUUGUCCUAGAGGCUGGUGAGCUUGAUUUCAACACUCUUCUCCGAAGCCGCACUUCCGAGGACAGUCGGCUUGAUCCAGUUUUUGUAAGAUAUUGGUGGAAGGAGAUGGUCGAGUGCGUCCAAGCGGUGCAUGACAAGGACAUUAUCCACACGGACCUAAAACCGGCCAACUUUGUCAUUGCCCAGGGACGACUCAAAGUCAUCGACUUCGGCAUCGCCAAUGCCAUCCAAACCGACAUGACGGUCAACGUGCACCGCGAUGCGCAGAUCGGCACGCCAAACUAUAUGUCGCCCGAGUCAUUGAUGGAUUCCAAAGAAUACGCCCUCACAUCAGCCUACAAGGGCCAGUUCAACGCCCCACCAUCCCACCGGCCGAAACACUUCAAGCUCGGCAAGUCCAGCGACGUGUGGAGUUUGGGCUGCAUUUUGUACCAGAUGGUGUACGGGCAGUGUCCGUUUGCCAAAGUUCCGACCAUGGCGGCCCGCGUCAACGCGAUCAAAGACUGGAGCUAUCCGAUCGAGUUCCCGGAGCAGACCGAGCACGGCGUCCGCGUGCCGCCGAGCCUCCUCCGCACGAUGAAGCGGUGCCUGAACCGAGACGCGUCGCAGCGCCCUUCCUGCGAGGAGCUGCUCUCCCCGACCGACCCGUUCCUGUACCCACUGGAACUAUCACCGGAUAUCGUUGCUGCUGCGGACCACGGCCAGGUUAUUCCUCUCACACAGGAGCUCCUGCGUGAUGUCGUCUGGGAUGUGGUGCAGCGCGUUCGGCGCGGGGAGGCGGCCGACGGUGAGGUUUUGAAGGUGUGGCCGGCGGCGUAUUGGGCUAGUUGCAAAAGGUCUUUGGCUACCCGCAGUGGGAAUCCUGGUGGGAAUGGGAUUGGCGAGGGACAGCAGUAG